AUGAACACCAUUUCCCACGAAAAUACUAUAAUCUACUUUUUUAACUUGCUUUACAUCACUACGGUAGAAAUGCGGUCCCUUGCAUUUUUAUCUCUCCUGGCGCUGCCAGCCGUCCGAGCAGACUACAACACCGUUCUCGAAGACAUCGACAACAUCAGCACCCUCCUGGCGACAUUGACAGACGACGUCAAGGCCGUGGUCCCCGGAAUCCCAGGGCUCCCCUACGCCCUCCAGGUCCAAGUCGACGCAGUAAACCUCGACAAGUGCAUUCAAACCGGCGCGGCCGACGCCAACGCAUCCGAGCCAUUUGGCGGUGGGUCCCUUCAGGUCGGGCUUGCGCUUAUAAACCUGAAGCCGGAGAUUGAGUCCUCGCUGAAGCAGAUUGGGGACAAGAAUGAGACCUUUGGGGAACUGGGUGUGAUUGUUCUAUCCAGCUUGUUGCAGUUGAAGAGGGAUACGACUGCGUUCUCGGAUCAGAUUGUGCCCAAGUUGGCGGAUUUUGAGGCAGGCAUUGCGCCGGGGAUUGUGGAGGAUAUUGAGAGGGCGUUUGAUGGGGCUAUUGCUGCGUAUAAGAGUAAUGCUCUUUAA